UCUUCCGUUCAAGGAGAUCGGACCUUUGAGAUUUGAAUGUCUUUGUAUCUGCACCAAGAUUAAUGAACCGCAAGUCAACCUUGGCAGAGGCAGAAACUUCUGAAUUUCGGGUUUAUUUUGAAAAUGGCAGACAGCAUGUAGGGACAGAUGGCAAAUAAAGGAAAUCUUUGUCAUUAUCCCUAGAAGAAACGCAGAAAUUCUGUAUUUUCUUGACGGAUGUUGCCGUCAGAGGAUUAUGACAUUUUCGCAGAACGUCAAACUUGGUCUACUGAUUGGCAUUUCAAUUUUCAUCGCUGCUUUUGUCGUUAUAAUCGGUUACCUCGUUAUCAAAUGCUGUUACCAACGCAAGACUCAACUGGAACGCGACAAAAAGGGGUCCUUCAAGAAGCUAGAUGAAAAACGCUCGUUCUUCAAAGAUGAAGCAUUGAAACCGCAAUUUGGUGAACAAAAAGAGUUCAUUUUCCAGGAAGGGUCAUUUAAAUCCAUAGAGAGUGAAAGCCCCUCCGCAACUCCGCCUCCUUACAAUGAAGACCUGCGCAAGCUACGCAUCGGUAAAUUCGAAUUCACACCAACAUACUACCACAACCGAAAACGUUUGCAGGUUGUUAUUCGUCGUGUAACAUGCUACCCAGUUUGCCAAAGCUUGCUCAAUGUUGCUUACUUAUAUAUAGUUGCGUGUCUGCUACCAGACAAAAAAGACUUCUUCGAAUCAGAGUUGCAGCAAAUCAACGAAGAUAACCUGGUCGACGAGCUGUGUGAAUUUGAAGUCUCGUAUUCUGAUUUAGACAAAAGGGUCCUCCUUUUCGAAAUACACGUCUGUGAUAGAUUUUCACGACAUUUAAUGAUCAGCGAUCUGAAGUAUGAUCUUCUAAAAAGACCCAGAACAGAGCACGAAGAAUCGAGUCUGGAAAAGCUAGAUUUUAAAGAACAUACUGGAAACGGAGACGAUUUGUUGGCUGGCCGUUCACAAUCGUCACCUGAGAUUCUUAUCUCACUUUGCUACAUGCCUACUUCAGGAAGAUUAACAUUCGUUGCUCUGAAGGGAAAAAAUCUUAAAAUUGAAGAAAUGGAAACCGGAGAUAUCUUCUUGAGAAUCAGUCUUAUCCAAGGGAAUCGCACCAUGAAAACAGUAACGACAAAUGCAGUGCGAAGGAGCACCUCACCUGUAUAUAAUGAAGCAUUUGUGUUUCACGUACCUAUUGAACGUGUGAAAGAGGCUCAGAUACUGAUACGGAUAAUUCUGCGGUCAGAGAACAAGAAAGAGAAGGUCCUUAGUCAAGUUACCAUUGGGACAAAUUCAGACUCAAAUCUUGGCCGAAAACAUUGGGAAGCUAUGCUGUUAUCUGCUCGAAGACCGAUUGCUCAUUGGCAUACGGUUACUGACUUGGAAUGAAAUAAAAUAGAAUAUCAACUAAAAAAAGAAACUUUGAUAAAUGGAGCUGAAUAUUUGAAUACCAAUUCUAAUUAAGCAAUUUUUUGCUGAGAUCAAAUUAUACACCCUGCUCAUUUUUGGCAAUUUUGUGAUAACGAAAAAUUGAUUUUUGGGAUUGACAAAAGCAUCGAAAUAGGGGGUAACAUAUAGAAGUAUUCUCCUUUCUUUCGGUUCCCCUCCAACUCAUAGAUAGUUCUGAAAUUCCUUAUGGGUUGAGUGGCGGGAGGGGGGGGGGUUAUACAGGAUGGGGAACAUAAUCAUUAAAUCAAUUUUUCUGGUAUCUUAUUUCUUUUGUACUGUUUUUGCCUUUUGUUCGAUAAUGCGGUUUGACUGAAAGGGUGUCAUUGAAUUAAGAAUAAUUAGAAACCUUAUAUCGUUCUUGUAUUUUUUUCUUUGCUUCCUCGUGUAGUUUAUCAAAGACCGACAGAAUGCAUUGCAUCUUGUAUGCAUAUUAAGGCCGGGGCUGUUGUCUUUUACCCUUGUUGUCUGAUAAUAAUUGAUAACCUUGGGAAAAUAUUCUGCUGCUACACUUGACUCCCAAUACUUUUAGUAUAACAACGACAUCAAAGUUUAGCAGGGAUGACAUGUUGCUUCAGCUGGAAUGGUACUACCCCCAUGCUUUCUAUGUUUGGUUUGCUAUGAUAUUAUCUCUUGAGGUCUGUGUAUGUCUAACUGUUUUUCGGGUAUUCUAUAAGUAAUAGUGCUGUCUAGAGUUGUUAAAACAACUGCCUUAUGUAUGUCUAUUAUAUUUCUUUCUUUAAGUAAAAUGAAAUAUCUUUCAGCA